CCGGGGAAGAUCGCGCUGGUGGGAACCAUUCCCGGCUGCCGGGGGUAACGCAGCUCUGCCCCCACUGACUCACCUCAGCAGCGCCUGUGAGGAGGGGGUGAGGCGGAAGCGGGGCGGCCCAGCCUCGCAGCUCCUCCCCCGGCCAGGCCGGCAGCGCCACCCAUCGCCUCGGCCCCGGAGCCGGAGGGCGCUCGCUCGCUCGCUCAGGGGGACUGGCUCGCCGGUGUCGCGGGCUGGGCGUGGGGCUGCAGGCAGCGGCGGCGGGAUGGACGCGGAUUACCCCGCCUUCGAGACCCCGCUCUGCGGCGAGCUCAAGCGCUUCUGCCGCACGGUCAAGGAGACCUACAAGGAGAUCAGAGAGGACCUGACCCCGUACAAGGAUGAUCGCUACUACCGGUUAGCACCAAUGCGAUUGUAUACACUGUCCAAACGACACUUUGUUCUGGUCUUUGUUGUAUUCUUCAUUUGUUUUGGUUUGACAGUCUUCAUAGGAAUUGCAGGUCCUAGUGUAAUUGAAUCCACUGCAGUAACAGCUAAAUUGAAUAACUUAAAGAUGAGGCCAUUUAAAUUAAAUUCAAAACCAUUGUCUACUUAUAAUCAGCAGCUGUGGCUGACGUGUGUGAUUCAGCUGGAUCAGCCUGACGAAUCCAGCUUCAAAACAAAUGUUACUAUGACAGUUAAAAUACGUGGUGUAGAAGAAAAUGGAAGUUCAUCGUUCAUUAAUAAACAAGUUUACAAUCGGACGAGAAUGCUGAACUGUGCACAAAAAUGUGCCGAAAUCAUUGUGGUUCACCUUGGCUACUUGACUUAUACUCAGUACGAAGUCAUGGUUGGUUUUGAGGAUCUGAAUAAGCUGAUGUACCCCAUCAAGAAUGUGAAUUUCACAUGGAAAACCUACAACCCAUCUUUUUCACAAGUGGAAAUCUGGUUCCGAUUUGUCUUUGUAGUUCUUACUUUCAUGGUCACUUGUCUGUUUGCACAUUCCCUCCGGAAAUUUUCCAUGAGGGACUGGGGAAUUGAACAGAAAUGGAUGUCCAUCCUCCUUCCCCUGUUGCUGCUUUACAAUGAUCCAUUUUUCCCCCUCUCAUUUUUGGUGAACAGUUGGUUUCCUGGAAUGCUUGAUGACCUCUUUCAGUCAGUGUUUCUGUGUGCAUUGCUGCUGUUCUGGCUCUGUGUCUACCACGGGAUAAGAGUGCAGGGAGAAAGGAAAUGCUUAACAUUCUAUUUUCCCAAAUUCUUUAUCGUUGGGCUUCUGUGGUUGGCCUGUGUUACAUUAGGAAUAUGGCAAACUGUUAAUGAACUACAUGAUCCAACAUACCAGUUCAGGGUUGACACAGGUAAUUUUCAGGGAAUGAAAAUCUUCUUCCUUGUGGUGGCAACUGUAUAUAUCUUGUACCUUUUGUUCCUGAUAGUGAGGGCGUGUUCAGAGCUUCGCAACAUGCCUUAUGUUGAUCUCAGGUUAAAAUUCUUGACUGCAUUGACCUUUGUAGUUCUUGUCAUUAGCAUUGUUAUACUUUAUCUACGCUUUGGAGCACGAGUUCUACAGGACAACUUUGUAGCUGAGCUUUCAACUCAUUAUCAGAAUUCAGCAGAAUUCUUAUCAUUCUAUGGUUUACUCAACUUCUAUCUCUACACCUUAGCCUUUGUGUAUUCCCCAUCAAAGAAUGCACUGUAUGAGUCACAGUUGAAAGACAAUCCUGCCUUUUCUAUGCUGAAUGAUUCAGAUGAUGAUGUGAUUUAUGGGAGUGACUAUGAAGAAAUGCCACUUCAGAAUGGUCAAGCCAUUAGAGCCAAGUACAAGGAAGAAUCAGACAGUGAUUGAGUUCACGUGGAGGAGACUUGCUUAUGAGAAUGAAAGUGAUCUUGAGGUUUUUCCUAGAUGACCACUUCCUUGGCUUUCUUAUAAAUCUGCUUUCAACUGAACACUAUCUCCCAAGGAAGGACUUCCUAUUUAUUUCUGUUUACAGAGUUAAAACAAAACUGAAGGAAGAAAUGGAAAUGCUUGAAAAGUUUGUGGUGGAGGCUUCUAAGAAACCAAAUUCUCUCUUUACACUAGGUUUAGAAAAUGUCACAUACAGGAUUUCUGUGGAGAACAGACUGCUAAAACAAUGAGGCUUUCAGAGUCUGGUUCCAACUAAGUGUGUCACUGAGUAUAUGCUGAUUUAAAAUUGCUUCCUUGCUGUCUGUUUUUAGAGGAUUAUGUACAGCACAUCAUCUUCACUCCUGAUGCAGCUUGUGUUAGCUAUUGUGUACAGUGUCCACUGGUGAUAAAGUGCCUCUCUUUCUUCUUCCCUUCCUCACCCUGCCCAUCUGAGUUGGAGGUACGAAAUGGCAGGUAUUUCCACUGAUUUCUGAGAAACCACAAGCUUUAUUGCCUUUGCUUCAAGGGGGAAGCAUUCACAGUUCAGUGGUCAGCUCUGUAAUUGACUGGAGUUCAUAAAAUGGAAGUUUGCCAAAUAUCUACAGUUAUGACUGUGAGACAGGUAUAAAUGUUCAAGUUCUGUUGAGGCCAAAAUUUAUAAACAGAAUAAUAUAUUAUAAACAGCAGUGCAAAAUAAUUUGCAAGGGUUUCUCUUAGAAUGAUCAAAACAAAAUAAGACAAAAAUAAGUUAAAACGUCUAGUUUAAAUAUUUUAAACUGUUGCAAACCUUGGUGGGAAAUCCAUCUGUGUUGGGGGCAGAGGAGGGAGAAAAUUGUUACAUUUCCUACAAAGGGUACAAUAUACAACUUAACACAAACAUUCUUUUAAUUGCAAGAUCCUUUCCUAAAUUAGGAUUUUUCAUGCAGUCUUCUCAUAGCUGUUUUAAAAAAAAAGUAGUUUAUAAGAACAAUCACUUUUGAUGACAUGUUGAACAAAUAUACAAAAGUGUGUUCUUCAGCAUGUUCUGUAGAUAGCUCAACCUCUUCAUCUUUAGACACACCUAAAUAGCUAUACUUAAAAUGCCUGCUGCUUACAAGUAUCUUUUUGACUGUCCCUUUUCAGGCUAUGCUAGAACAGCGUGCUACAGAACUUCAGAGUAUUUAUUAGAAUAUUGCUCAUCAUGAUAUUUAAAUGUGUAUUUCAAUUUCCCUACCACAGUAUAGCUUUUUUUUAAAGGGAGGCUGUCAAUUUCUAUUAACUUUUUUUAAAGUUUAGUAUUUUCAGGUAUGCCACCUAUCCCUGGAGUCUUUCUGUGGUUUCACAAUCACCAUUUUCUUACUGUUUCUCUUCCCUGUUGCUGUAUGAAAUACCCAAACUAACAAAUGGGGAAACUGACAGCAUAUAGAGAACAAACAGUGAUUUUGAUCUAUAUGCAAAGACCUGUCUACAUUAGGGAAUUGAACUGGUUUAAUCAUAAAAGUUCACUGUGUCCACAAUGAACAUGCUGAAUUGCAUUGGGAACCAUUGCAGGUUUGUCUUGCAUUCACAUUAGAACUGUUCUAAACCACUUCAUCUGCAAUAACCUCUGGGUAUCUGUUUCAUGGUUCAGGAGCAAUGCAUUCUGGGAGACUUGACCAGGGUGCUAUGGGAGGACUAGUUGAACUACUACAGCUAGUCUCAAAGGCAUUUAAAAUGUUUCUGACAAAACAGCAUUUAGUUCUGCUGAAAGCAAGUGGAAUACAAAAUAUAUUUAGCAUGCUUGUGUAAACCAUUUUGUGGCUAUUAAAUGUAACAUACUAGGAAGUUGAAAAGAUAUCUAGCACAGUAAAUGUCUCUUGUGUAGACCAAAGCCAAGAGAAGGCCAAACUACUGUCAUGUGCACAAAGUAAAGAAAUAGAACAAAUAGAUUCUCUCCUCCUCCUCCUCCCCUCCCCCCCGCAAAUCCUCCCCCCAGCAUGGUAGGUGUUACUCGUAACAAUAUUUGGAAAAAUUCUGAGAGAGUUAAAUUGUCUUUGUAAACUGCAGUAGUUGUUGCACCUUUAACAACUCCUUUUAGCUGACUUAGCCUUUUUUUAAUACACGGUUGUGUUUUAGAUGCUUUUUUAAUCCAACGGAAAAACAGACUGGCUUCUCUUUUUCUAAAACAAGAAAGCAAGAAUAAUCCAGGUCUUGCUUGUACUUGAGUUUGACUUUGUAAAGUCAAGCUCAGGAUCCAAUCACUGACAUUCCCUAUACACCCAAAAUUUCCAUGGACUUUCCUGGGAGUCGGGGGUGGGAGGCGGCGACACAAGGAUCAGGCCUUUAUGUUUAUGCAGAUUUUUACUUGUGCAUUCAAAGCUUUUUGGCACUUUAAUACUAUUUUAUUCCUGUUAUAAGUCAUUUUUUGAUUUGCUAAAAUAUUUUUCCAUGUAGGAUAUUUGAGUUUUACUAAUGCUGCUUACUAUAAUCCAGGAUGCUUGUGAUAUAAUAUAUUAAGUCUGACUUUAUUAAAUGUUUUUUUUAUUCCAUUAACUAAAGAAAACAUUUUUUAAAAAUUCAACUUCAAGAAAUCAUGAUAUUUAGAAUUUGAGAAAUUUUCCUAGGCUGGUUUGUCCCUUUAUUAUUCUUUGUUUUGUUAUUACAUUGCUUGUUAGAGGAACAAAAAUAGGAAUAGGAUGGGGAAGUGUGCACUUUAAAAAACAAAGUUAUUUAUCUUGUUAAUGAAUUAUUUUGUAGAAAUCCUGCAUUGAACUGCCUUUCCCCAUGCAUAGAGCCCUGCACAGAUACAAAAUUUGUAUCCGCAUCCAAGCUGCAAAAAUGAUCUGUGGAUAUCCACACUGACAGAUAUAAAGCGGCUAUCUGCAGAUUUGCAGGGCUUUAGAAAGAAAAUUUGGAUCCGCAUCCAUCCACGAUCUGCAAAAAAUAAUCCGCAGAUGCAGAUAGCUGCAGAUAUAAAGCAAUAUCUGUGGCUUUGCUGGGCUGUACUCCUGCAUACUGUAUUUUAUACUCAAAAAAUGUUACAUUGUAACUUAGCAAGUUUGGCUAAAGCUGCACAGCAUUAAAUUCACUACCUACCUAGUAAAUAGGCAGAAGCAGUAAAGCUGUCUCCCUGGCAAGAGAUCACACAUUUCAUGCCUUGUGGCGAUGAAUAUUGAAAACUGCACAAAGAUACAAUUUGGAACCAAAGAUUACUCUGAAGAAUUCUCUUGUGGCAACAAGAUGGAUUGUAAAUAUUUUGUGGGGAGUUGUAUUCAUGUGUCUCUACACAGUGUGUUGUGCUAUUAUGACCCAAGAAUUAAAUGAAAGGUGCCUAUGUAAGAAAUUCACUUGGCUAGCUGUGUAUUUUCCAUAUGGCCAGCGGAAAAGUCAAUAAGGGAAGUAUAUUUUGUGAAGCUGAAUUUUUUUUUUUCUUCCCAGGAACCACAGUUAAGUCAAAGUGCACUUGUGUUGGGCUGUUAAAACAGUGGGGUGGAUUUCCCUCUUCCCCCCCCCCCCAUUUCAAGCGUUCAUGUAAUAAUUCCAAAUUAAACCUUUUCAAGAAUGAUUAUUAGAACAUAGGAAAAUUAGUAAUGUAUACAAAAUACAUCCACAAUGUACUGGGUUAUGGCAAAAAUGAGAUGCUUCCUCUUUUACAACACUGAGGAUUUUUUACUUGCAAAAAUCUUUCUUGUGCACUAUGUGGAAGCCAAAUGCCACUGGCCCUGGUGUUACCUGCUCAAUUUAGGGCACCGUGUCUAUACCCUAUGGAGGGCUCAAGGUGUGACCGACUCAGUUUAGGCACCCCCACCCUUUCCCUGGGGGUAAGGGCUCUAUGGGUCUGUGGAACUUUUUCCCAGUGAAAGAGCCUUACACAGUUGUGCUCUAAACAUCUAUUUAUUAGCAACACACACAGAAUACAUAUACCAAGCAAAUCUCUUAUGCUCACCACUCCUCCUAUACAGACAAAUUUCACCCAAUGACCAGUUAAGAUUCAUUCAUUUGUGGGGUCCCUGUGAUGCCUCUGCAUAUCAGGGUUGUACAGAAGGGUCAGAGUUCCAGCAGCUUGAUGUUGAACUGCAGUCUGGAAAUGGUUCCCAAAGAGCAUUGCUUUUCAUUUAUAUUAUAUAGGUAAAACUAGAUCCCUCCUUCAAAUGUACUAAACCUAUCACAUUAUCCCACACUCCUAAAUAACAAACAUUUUAACCAAUUACACACUGGCAUCUGUGUGUCCUCCUUGAUGCCCAAGUUCUUUACAUUUUAUCUUUCGUACCCAAAUUGUGAUCAUCUCUAUAUGUGCAGCUAGUCAGUGCUUAUCUUACCAUUUGUUGAGUCUCUUUCUGUAUCCUCCCUAAUUUCCCAGCAUCUUUACAACUUGGUUUUAACCAAGUGGUUAUAACUGUUAGGGACAUUCCUAAGGUGGAGGUGCUUUAGCAGCAGAACAUCCCUUUUUUUCAAGUUUAGUGGUGAACACCCUGAGUUUCACCCAAGGCAGGUCUAAUAUGUGGGGGUGUUGAUCAGGUCUCAGGCCUACACUGGUGAUUCAGGUAUUGUUAGGUCCUGAACACUCAUGCACAGUUUUGCUGUUGUAUUGGCUUUAAGACAUCAUCAGUGUUAAGGCUGCCUGGGAAACUAAUAUCCUGUUCUCUAUGGCCAAGGAGAGGAAGUAUAACCCAGAGGAAUACAUUAGGGAAGAGAAAUCUUUGUUAAACUGGAUUUUCAUUCUUAACCAAAGGUAGCAGAGAGCAUGAACUGCUUUGGGAAGAUUGUUUUGAAAUGAAAGGAUUCUUGACUUGAUAGCUUUCUUUGAUCCAAAAGGCAAUUAUUGUAAGCCUGCUUCUUCCCUUUUUGCCAUGUGUCCUGACUGGGCCAGUAACUGCUAUACACUACACAAAACCCUCAUGCUAUUGUAAAACAACAUUUUUUAAAGUUUGUAAAUAUAUGUAAAAUGAAGCAAAACUAUGGUAUACCAAAAUGGUAUAGAAUGUGUAAGAUAAAUAUUCUGUUAAUGAGAAGCUGUAAAUAUGGUGCUGCUUUGAGAAGGUAUGCAUUAGUAUUGUGUUUUAGGGGAACUGGUUAAUAAAUCAUUUAUUUACACUGGAAAUCUUUCUGGUAUAGAAUACAAAGCAAACCUGAUUGUUUACCUUCAGCAAAAAUUGGGUGCUGAUACAUGGAAGACUUCAUGUGCAUUAAAUAUGUUAAUAAAUAGUUUUCAUACUGUAUCUUUA